CACAACCACAACAUGGUAGGAGAGGCCAGGCUCAAGAUGUCAUUCUAUGACAAGACAACAAUAGACUUGGCCAUGCGGUUGGCAUUAUUUCCUGAAGAUAUGUUCAAGAUGCUGAUGGAGGUGUUCGCUCUAUACGAGGAUGGGGCGACAAAAGACCAGCAGCUCAAAGCAAAAGAUCUAAAAAAACCAGAUCUGCAACAUGCCUGUUUCAGUGCUAUGGUGCACCUCCACAAUGAGGACAUUGAAUGGCUUUUGCAGAAAAUAAUGAACAAGGAUCUUUCUAUCGCCGAAAUGAAAAAAAAAGCGAAGGAAUUAAAAGGCCUUCAGAAGGUGAAACGUGCCUUCCUGAUUGGUGUCGGCAAGGCUACAUGGGAGGAAGCAACAAGUGCCUUUCCAGAGGAAACAAAGGAUGAAUUGCUUUCAAACUGGAAAGAUUAUUCUUUCAGUGGGGGCUCUGUUCCUGAGUCGUUUAGUGCGUUCAUCAGUAGAACAAUGGCAGUGAACACAAAUGACAAUGUGUCUAAGGUGAACUUCCUCAAACUUGGAAAAAAUGACAUAAGUCCAGAUGUAGUGAGUAAAGCAAGCCAACUGGUGAUUUGCAAGGCCAGUUCCACAACACUAAAGAAUGUCUCCUUGGCUACAAGAGCAAUCAACGUAACCCACGGCUGUACUUUGUACCGGCUUUUGGCCAUGGCCGACACAGUCGAGGAGGCCUUAAAAGCAAAGGACUUACUAUUAGUGGCCAAAAUUGGACCGGAAUAGACCUUGGGUUCUGGUACAACCCAGAUGUAAAUAAACCACAACAAAUUGGACAAAUGAGGGAUAAGGUAACAGCAUUUGUGGUAGCUUACUGGACUCCGAAUGGGAAAACGAAUCAGGACUUCACAAUGAUUGACAUUGAUAACUGUUGGAAGUUGAAAUCUGAGGCAGCCUUCUUCGAUAGAGUUAUUCAAGUAUUUUCGUGUGAAACAGAUCAUGUGAUGAGCUGUUUCUUUUCAAGUAAUGGGAAUGCUACAUUGGCGGCAAGACGUCAUAGGAGAGAGGUUACCUGCAUUCGUGAAACCAAAUGCAACUCGAUGAUGUCAGGUGCAUCCUCAGUGUGGAAGAGUAGAUAGUUGUAUUCAUCCAAGCUUUCAAUUUUCCUAGCCAAUCCAAGCAGUCAGAGUCAGAGUCACGUUAUGAAGUGAGGUAUGCGUCCUCCGAUCCCGCACCAGCAGUCAAUUGGGCCUGUUAACAUGUGAUGCUGUCCUUAUUAGCAGAUAUCAGCAGAUAUCAGUUGCUGUGAACUAACUGUUUCAUUUUCAAUGGUUUAGAUAUUCUUCAAAAACUCAUUUCAUAGGACUCAAAAUAUAUUUAUACCUCAACGGUUAGAACUAUAAAAAUGAAUACAUUUUCAAUGACUGAUAAGCAAAACAUAUUGUAUGUUUGUAAUUUCAAUGCUAAGGUACCAUUCAUCUACAUGUUAGUAGAGUUUUGCCUGUACAGAAGCUAGCCAUCUACAAUGGAGUAUUUCAACUGAAUAGGCAAUUUGAAAUGCUUGAAGAAAGUACACUUUACAUGCAUCAGUGCUUGCAUGAAUGCUUACUAUCACUUGUAGACACUUUUUCAAUUUAGAAUAACAGAGUGACUUGAUUAUUGUAAUUUCAAAACCCAGGGACUCACAAAAUCAUAAACUAAUUUGGGUGGAUUGUGUAUUCAUAUGCUAUAGACUGUUUUCAAUAUGCAGCACGGUGCCCAACAAGACUAACACAGCACAGUCUCUAAAAGAACCAGGUUGACGUCAUCUGCACCAAAGUUGGCGGUCAUUGUGACGUCACUGCAAAGGGUCUAUUCCGAUUUUCCAUAUCAGAUUUUAAAUGUAAUGCAAUAUGUUCUUGAAGACAUAUAUGACAACGACUGAGGGUCUAUGAUUUUGUGGGUUUCGGCUCUAUUGUUAUUUGUUAUGGUGCACCCUUCAUUGUGAGCCUACUGUGUUACUUUAAAGGGACUCUAUAGGCAGCAGCUAGGUAGGCAAGAUAUAGUUACACACUCAAAUAGGGUUAUCUCACAGGACACCAAAACUAUUCAUGUCUGUAAGAGGAAAAUAUUUAGUGGUGAUUCAAAUACAACACGGUGCAUAUAAGUCACCAGAAGAUGUGCAAUUUAACCCCACUGGUACUGACUAUAGUCCCCCUUUAAACACAGCAACCCUAUUGGGUUUUUCAACCUGGGCAAUGAAGAUCUGUGCACAAAUUUAAUUUGAAACAAAAAUCAACAAAUGGCAAAGCACUGUUAUAUAAACUUAAAACAGUUGUUAGUAAUAAGUAUUGCGCAAAAAAAGGCAAACAGAGACUGGUGCGUUUAUGUAGCUGCAUUUGUAUGCAAAGCAUGUUAUCAAGUACAUGUCUAUGUACAUGUACCAUGUAUACAGUCUGGCUCAUAAUAAUAUCAAUACUCCUCCGCGGUUACAGUAGUGUGAUAUUGAAUAUUAACUCUGCUUUUGGAGAUUGAAUAAUAUCAACACCUACUUCAAACCAUAUCUCCCAAAUAAGGGCACCAAAUACAAUGCGGUUCUUAUCAUUGCAAUUGUUUACCCGGGUUUCUUUUCGGGUAAAGAGAAAAAGUUACAUCAACAAAAAUUGCAUGUUUCUUGUGAUUUGCUAUUGUUGACACAAAUGUCUUUUCCCGGGUUUUUUUUCGGGUAAAGGGAAAAAGUUUAGUCAACAAAAAUUGCAUGUUUCUUGUGAUUUGCUAUUGUUGACACAAAUGUGUUUUUCCGGGGUUUUUUUCGGGUAAAGGGAAAAAGUUUAGUCAACAAAAAUUGCAUGUUUCUAGUGGUUGGCUAUUGUUGACAAAAAUGCAUUUUCUCAGUUAUUUUUUUCGGGUAAAGGGAAAGAAUCAUUUGAUGAACAGUUGCUUUUUUUUUGCUUGGAUGUUAUUAAGGGCAAGUCUUCUGGUAUUUUCAAAGUUGUUGUUGUUUUCAAAUGGUUAGAGGUGACUUAUUGCUUAUUUAUAUCAUUGAUAGUAUAAAUCAGAUGAUAAAUGCAAACACCACUUGGAAUUUUUCAUAUUAACGUCAUUCAUUAGGU